AUGGAGACCACCCCCGCCGCAUCUCCAUCCGCGAUGCCUAGGCCUAACGCGCCAGCCGAGCCGCAGUUCUCGAGCUCAAACACCAAAGAACAAGACCAGAAACACGCAGCAAACAGCUCUGCAGCCAACAUCCCUCAACCGAAGCUGCGGCUCCAUGUUGAAACACUCCGCCACCCUGCAACAGCAUCAUUCCUCACCCUCAUCCCCGAUAUUGCUUCAACACUCGACACAGCCCUAUAUAAUAUCGUCAAGUACCUCUACAGCUCUCCACUCCACGCAUCUUUAGAUAGUGUUUGCAACCAGAAAGUCCAGCGUCCCUCUUUCAGCCCUUCAACACCACCGACCCGCUCCGUAACCCUUCACCUCCGCGACAUAGAUGGUGUCGCCUAUACAACAGGCACCGAGCUCGAUGAUGAUCACAAGGAGAUCCACCUCUCCCUUCCAUACGUUCUUCACUGCACGACACUGGCUAAUCCACUGCAUGAGCUAGUCGGUGUUCUCACUCACGAACUUGUGCACUGUUACCAGCACACUUCACCACUUGAGUCCAUCAAUGACCAGGGUGCUAAGAUCCCCCACCCCCCAGGAGGACUGAUUGAAGGCAUCGCGGACUUUGUACGCCUCAAGGCAGGAUUGGAGCCUCCGCAUUGGAAGAAGCCGCAGUCGGCAGAGGAGAGGGCAGAGAAGUGGGAUGCUGGAUACCAGAACACGGCAUAUUUUUUAGCGUGGAUUGAGGAUGUACGGGUUGGUAAAGGCGCGAUUGGGAUGUUGAAUGAUCGGCUUUUGAGGGUUGGGUAUGUGGGUGAGAGAGAAGGGGAUUCUGGCGUUGGAUUCUGGAAGAGUUUGUUUGAGGCCGAGGUUGCUAAGCUAUGGGAGGAAUAUGGUGAGUAUCUUGACGGGGCUGAAGAGAAGAAGGCUAAAGGGAAUUGGGAAGAUGAGAUACUCAACGCCGAAUAG